AUGAAUGAAACUAAAUAUCUGUGGAUUACUAACAUUCCUUCCAAAUGUAAAGAGGAGGACGUUUCCCGAGUACUUUUACGCCACGGUGACAUUAAAGCUACAAAGACUGUCCAUCGUAAUUCCUGUUUCAAUCUCAUUGUGGAAUACCUAGAUCGUUCUUCAGCCGCUAGAGCAGUUCGAUCACAAAAUAUACUAAGAGGAAAUACUCUUAAAGUUGAUUAUUGCGAUUCUUUCGGAAAUCCUUGGAUUUCUUCCUCUAACCGUUCUCUAUCCCCUACAACUUCUAUUAGCCAAAGAUUCGAACGAAAAUCCUCUGAUCCAAUGUUGGUAGAUCGAGCGGGUCCCAGUUCUGGGCCCUCUGGUCAUCAUCAUCAUCAUUCUCACCACCAUCACGCUACCACAUCACAGACCCCCCAAUCGACCCCACAGCAUCACAGCCAGCAGCGAGGAUUCCAGUCUCCCCUUCCCUCUUCAAACAUGAGCAGCAGCAGUAGCAGUAGCAGUAAUUCUCGUCCUACUCUCUCCUCAAGUAGCGCAGUUCCAUGCAGUACCUCCCUCAAGGUCAUUUUCACUCCUCCUCCAAAGUAUGCGGAGACACAGAUCAAACAGGCUCUCUGUCACGAGCUCCAUCGAUUUGGAAAGACUUAUCAUGUAAAUCUUCUUCCAGCGUCAGUUACUGGUGGACGGCAAACUCGUGUUGCUCUUGCGGUAUUUCGAAGGGCUGAGGAUGAGGAGAAAGCUUUUCUUGCUUUUCGAAAUGAAGCAAGAGGACUUUUUGGUUCACCUGUACACGCGGAAUUCUGCCUUGGUAACAAUUCUGAUACAAUCGGUUCGAGUCCGCGUUUAAAUCGACCACCACUUACGUGCUCCAACAUCCCAAUACAUUCCUCAACAACAGAUAAUUUCCCGUCCAACAAUAAUCAUCUCACCUCAUCCACAACAAUUCCCACCUCCCAGCAACGGAUUAUUAGAACUUCCUCCUCAUCCACCUUUAGUCUUCCCACACGAUCCCUCGUCGUUCACGGACUCACUGCUGGACCUAAUGGUCCGGUCUCUGAAGUGCAGCUUAACACUGCUUUCCAGAGAUUUGGAGCCAUUCUACAUGUUCAAAUGCGUCCUGCCAGCAAUUCAGCGGUGAUUGAAUUUGUUGAACUCCGAGGAUCGACUCGUGCAAUGACUACUCACCAAAGGGAUCCCCUGAGACUUGGUGGUCGACCUCUGCGUCUCUUCUACACUCUCAGUCGACCGAUUAAUUGCCUAUUUAUUAACGACUUGCCCGCAUCACUGGCGUACCAAUCGGAGGUUGAGCUGAAGAGCCUUUUCAAUCGUGUCGCCCCAGUAACUCAGGUUCUGAAGAUUACUCGUUCCCAGGAGGCAUCAGCAAACCAAUCCACCACAGUGCAUACAUGCGUUCUAGUUGAAUUGGCUACUCAUGAAUUGGCGACGCAAUUAAUUGAUUACCUUCGAUCCCCUAGCUCACCUCUUGUUGUAGCCAUGCAGAAUCGUUCCUCUCCUGAUCCUCUUACGACACCCAGAUUACCGGCCUUUGUGUGCUCAGUGGAUUAUGCUAGUCCUCGGCAAAUGGAGAAACUCUCUCCGUUGAAGUUGAGGACUUCUCAAACUGUGAUGUCCCAAUCGCAACUGCCGUCUCUUUCAUCUAUGGCAAAUGACAAAUCCCGAGGACCUCUAUCCAUGUCAAGAAGCAAAGAUCACUCUCGAUUGGAAUCUAGUGAGGAAGAUCACUCUCAGUCUAGUUCAACAUCUAAUUCCUCUUCCCUAUCUUCAUCAAAGCGUUCAACUACUGCAGAGACAUUUCCAUCCCAGAGGCGGGAAACCCCUUCAUACUUCCCACAAAAACGUCUCUUUCCCGAUCCAGGAGGGAAAAAGGAGGCUGUGGUGAAUCGAAAUCACAGUGGAAGCCUCAACUCACAAGAAGAGUCGAAUGCCUUCGAAUCUAUGUACGAUAAGAUCAAACGACGAACUGAAGGUGAAAAGGAGCGUCGAAAACGAGGAGCUUCGCCCGAACUUGACGAUCCUCUGGAAACUACUCGUAAGAAAAAGAAACGACGAAAGCAGCAUUACGAAACUAAUAUUGGUGACAAUGACGAUAUUUGCAACGAAGGGGGAAAUAUUGACAUCAAAGAGACUGAGGAGGAGAUGUCGAAAGUAAAGCACAAACUAAAGCACUCUGAUUCCCCUGCAUCUAGAAAGCAUGGUAAAAAUCGAUCGAAAAAUACUUCCUCGCGAUCAUCAGCUGAAAGCCAUCGACAAAAAUCGCGGACUACUCAACCACUAUCAUGCCAAACCAAACCAUUGUCAACAACAAUCACUCGACUAAGUUUAGGUAUGAGCGUUCCGAUGACUGCAAAUUAUCACACUAUUGCAAAGACACCCAAAAGAAUGUCUAGACUGUCUGAAUCUGAAUCCUCGUCUUCGAGUAUAUCUCGUUCUCGAAGCGUUUCUCCAUCAUUAGGUGAUGUGGUGGACGUCAAACACCACUUACCCUCAAAUAGACGUGCUUCAGAUAAAGGCACUAUUCCUUCGGCCUUCUUUGUAAGUAAUAAUAAAAUCAAUGCGGGAGAUGAUAUCAACCGAUCUCGCAGCCUAAAUGAUGCUGAAAGUGCGUCAAACUACUCCAGCCCUGCUUCAAGUCUAUUUCAAAAGAGACCUAAACGACAGAAGGAGCGCAGGAAACCUAGCACGCCUGUCUCGAAUGCUUACAAUAAGAAGUCGGAGAAACGCAAAAUGUCGUCGGGUGUAUUCAAGUCCAGUCGGGCAAGUUCAUCCAGUCUUUCAACAGAGGAGGAAGGUGCUGGUUGUAGGAGGUACAGUUCAAAGAUUUGGUCAAAUCCCAAGUCUCGUUUUGGGGACAUGGUCCCAAACACCAAUUCAACGGGUGGAAAGCGCCACAAGUCUAAAACAACAAAGAGAAAUAAAUCAAAGCCUAAAAAAGAACAAUCUCCUAUUUUGAGUGACACUAGUAAUAGAAGUGCAAGUAGUCGCGGUUCUCCCUUCAAGAGAAGGGGUUCUCUAGAAGAUGUGUAUGGAAUAAACGCCUCUACUCCUCUGUCUUCACAUGGUCGUCUGCUAUCUAAGCUGACUCCACCCUCACGGAAUUCAGACUUCCAUAAUGCUCUUUCAGAUGAUGAUAGUUUAGAUGAUUUUGACAGGAUUUCAGCGAAUACUGCCAUGACUCCCUCUACGGAAGCUAUGGAAAUUUCUCCGGAGACUGGGGAUGAAGAACCGGAGCACUCGGUUUCGGAGUGGUUCUCUCGUCUAUCGGAUAAUCACUCCGAAUCAGAAGUAGAGCCGGAAAAGGAUUAUGAAGAGGAUGCUCGAUGUGUUGUUGAUGAACAGAAAUCUUUGCUAAUUAAUUUUGAGGACUUGAACAUGCUUAAUACCUCUAAAGAGGAGAGCUUGAACCUCUCUAAUCGAGAUGCCAUCGGGGAUAUUAAAAUGGAAGAUCAACCUUCACCAAGGCUGAACGAGAGCAGUGACAAGUCGAAGUCACUGAACGAGGAAAAUUCAGACGUAAAGGUACCUUCUGAGCUGACUUCGUCGGAUGAAAUAUCCGUCAAACCUCAAUUUCCAUCAUCACCUCCAAAGUUGGAUCCUGGAGCUUUGCCACCACCACCACCGAAAGUGCUUAAUGCUCAACAGAUUCCUUCUCCCUACUCAUCAAGUUCUCCCACUCAGUCUCUUUGUUCUGCAUGUUCCAGAUCUAGUCCUUCUCCUAUCAUAACGGCUCCUGUUUUCACUUCACGUGCUGGAAUGACUAAUACUAACACAGUUACGGAAUUAACAACGUAUAUGAAAACGGUAAUCUCUACUAGCCAGGAGAGUGCAAAGCCAUCCACCAUUCAUCCAGGAAUUUCUGAGAACCGAGAUCUUAAACGGUAUGUACAAAGUGUGAUUGAGAGAGUCAAGGCUGAGACCGUGGAUGAUACGAAUCCUUCCACAUAUAGAUCUGCAAAUACCACCUCUGCCAAUACUCCAAUUACUUCACCACUACAUCACUCUUUGCCGGCAUCUUCAUCUCCACAUAAUCCUCAAUCAGCAACUGGCCUCCCACCUCCACCGUCAUCAACACAAUCGAUUUGUAAGAAAGCAACCUCACCUGGAACGGCCAGUAACAGGAGGACAUCUGCAGCUACACCUCCGAAUUUGAUCUCUAGUUCCUCUCCUCCUAAUCCACGAAAGAUUUUUGAAGCAUCAUCUGUCCCAAGUAUUCCUGGAGUUAAUGCCUGUGCACCUCUCUUACUCAUUGACCCUCCUACUUCAACUUCACCGAACUCAAAACCGCAAGUGCCGCCACACAUUCAUGAAACAGCAGGAGUAGAACCCAAGACUCCUAGGUCGGCAACUCGCCGAAGAGCGAAACCUUCAGCAACUGCUGCUGCUUCUGCUCCUGCUGCAAGUACUACAGUAAAUGUUGCGCCACUAGUCGAAAUUCCAAAACAGGCCACUGACCCUUAUGAGCCGAAUUUCGAUGAUGAUUCGCCGCCACGGGUUAAAUCAGUGGGAAGUUCUGCUUCUCCGCUCAUUGUGAACACUUUACUCUCUACUGAGCACCCAGGCCCAGCGUCUACAGUUUCUAGUGUGACUACAAAUGAUGAAGGUCCGCCGCUAUCAUCAACUAUAGGUAAUGAAGCGCCCACAACAAAGACUUCCACUGUGUCUGCGUCAAGUCGAAAAGGUGUGAUGGAUUCAGUGGAUGAGACAAUAUCGGAUGUGUGUUCUGGUCGAUUUGAUAUGAGAAGCUAUCUGGAAACUUGGGGUCUUCAACCCCCGACAACUACUACUGGUGUUACUACUGCUGCUUCCAUUUCUAAUGUUGUGGUUUCGAACUCUGCACCUCCGCCAAUAUUGAAUACACCUGUUGCUACUACUAGUGUGGUUACUACGACAGCUUCUGCUGUGAAACUCGCUUCAGAAGCCUCCAAACACCAUGUUGCAUCUGCGGCAACUAAUAAUCCCAUCGUUACAGCUAUAAUCAAUGCUCUACAAUCGAUCACUGGUUCGCCUGUUAUGAUUGGUACUAGUGGGGUCAAUAAUACAGCUGGAACGGUGAGACAAGGCAACUCUGCAGCUGUGUGUCAACAAAUUCCAGCCAAACCAUCCAAUGUGGUUGUAGGUUCGAGUCCUCCAACAAUAUCUGCUACGACUAUCACUUUUCCGGUUAUAAUUAAGAACUUCUCUGCUGCAAAUACAACAACUAAGACAGCACCCACACCUAUAAUCAAGAGCAGUGUAGCUAACUCUCAGCCAGUUACCAUGACGACAGGAUCUAUUAGCGUCCCUCAACAGCCAGCGUCAAUCCUUCAUCAGUCACCACAGCAGCACCAAGUAGACAAUGCUGUCGCAAUGUCGCGUCCACAUUCCUCCGCAACGGACACCCCGGUAGAUAGCUCACAUCCUUAUCGUGUGCGGAGGGGAAGCGAUAACAACAUAGGCCCUCCUCCACAAGUUGAUGAUAUUGCAGCGCAGCAGAGACCGCUCUUCAACAAUCCACGCGGGGGUUUCACCAGUCCUCCUCCUCAGCCAAGAUAUCAUCAAUUUGCUACUCCACCUCCCACUGCUCCUGGUCCUCGACAUAUUCCACCUCCUUGGAAUAGGACCACUCCAGGACCUUUUCCACGUCCGGACACGUCGAGUUCUACCACCACUACGUCGCCGAACACUACUUAUCCGCCACCACCCACAGCGGCAGCUUUGGUGGAAAAACUCUCCUGCUUGAUCGAUCAUCCGGAUUUGGUUCUCCCCAUGCUUCAAACCAUGAUGCAAGAGGGUCAACAUUUGGAUCCAGAGUGGUUGGGUUCGGUAUUAAAGAUGUUUCAGCAAUAUUCACCUGGUGGAGGAGGUGAUAAUGGACUUCCUGGCCCGCAUCCUGGGGGAAUCGCGAAUAACUCUAAUUCUAGUCCAGUUCAGCCACCUUCAGUUAGCUCAAGCCAUCCUUCAAGAGCUACUCCGCCUUUUCAGAGAUCUGGAGGAUUCGAUCAGGCGAGCAUUUUUUAUUUAACUAUCUAUCCAUCAAGCACAUUCCUUGCACCCUCUACUUAUCCCCUCGUAUGGCAAGGUCGGCUGUCCCUGAAGAACUCGGAAGUGAGCGUAGCUCUACACUACGUUCAGGGAAAUACGGAUCUUCUUCGAGCCUGCAUUUCCACAUUGGCUGCAGGAGGAGGUGGAACUCCCCAACAGGCCUUAGUUACCUCAGGUGGUCCCUUGCGAAUUGUUCAACGCAUGCGGCUGGAAGCCUCCCAGUUGGAUGCAGUUCAACGAAAGAUUGGCCAAGAGGGUGCUGCUUGUGCGUGUGUGGCAUUUGCUUCGGGUGCGAACAGAGCCGAUUUGGCUCAACAGAACGUUGUACUCGAGGAGGGCUUCAUUCGAUACAUGCUUGAAAAAGGAGCUGCUGGAAUUAUCAAUGUUGGACAGCCUGGUUCCGUUCAGAAAGUGUUUUUAGAUAAGGUUUGUAUCGUCUAUAAGGCAACUGCGGACUCCUUCUAG